AUGUUUGAGGGCAUCGCCGUCCACCUCUGGCUGUGCUGGGGAGCCGUCUACCUGUUGGCGCUAGCAUCCGGAGCCCAGCGGCCUUGUCCGCCGUCCUGCCGCUGCAGCGCCGCGCCGCCGCAGGUCAACUGCUCCGGCGGGCAGCACGGCGCCGUGCCCGCCGGUCUCCCGCGCGACGCCGAGCUGCUCGACCUCACUCACAACCAGAUCAAGACCCUGGCGAGUCAGCAGUUUUCCGCGCUCGCGCGACUCCUCCACCUGGAUUUGAGUGACAACCUGCUGGCGCUGCUCGAGGCGGACGCCUUCCUCGGCUUGCGCCGGCUGCUAACGCUACAGCUCGCCCGCAACCACCUGAAGAUCAUUCCCGCGGGGGUUUUCGCGGGCUUGAUCAACCUGCAGUUACUCGACGUGAGCGACAACGAGAUCCUCGUCUUCUUAGACUUCACUUUCCGUGACUUGGCGGCGCUGCGGUCAAUCAGAGCGGCGGGAAAUGACCUCGUCUUCGUCUCGGGCCAAGCGUUCGCGGGGCUAACGAGCGCGCGCGAGCUCCACCUCGACGGCGGGAACCUCACGUCGGUGCCGACGGACGCUCUCGCGCAGCUCAGGGUGCUGAGAAGCCUCCACUACCGCCACGUGGGCCUCGCCACGCUACCGAACUACGCCUUCCGGCAGCUGGCGCAGCUGAAGGAACUAGUCCUCUCUCAUGGGCCCAGGCUGGAGGCGCUGUCCGGCAACAGCCUCUUCGGCCUCAACCUCACGUCCCUCGCCAUCGUACACUGCGGCCUCAGCGCCGUCCCCUACCUCCCGUUGCACCACCUUGUCUAUCUGCUCCACCUUGACCUCUCCUUCAACCCCAUCACCUACGUUCACAGGAACAUGCUCGGGGACCUGCUCCGACUCCGGGAGUUCCACCUUGUUGGGGGAUCCCUGCUCCACAUUGAGGUCGGCGCAUUCAGGGGUUUAGCACAUCUCGCGCUGCUGAACGUGUCCAAAAACCUCCUCUCCACGCUGGAGGCGGACGUCUUCCACUCAUUGGACACCCUGAGGUCCCUGGGCCUCGACCAGAACCCGCUGGCAUGCGACUGCCGCCUUCUUUGGGUGGUGCGGAGACGCCCCUACCUGGACUUAGGCGGACACGCGCCGACCUGCUCUACCUCCAUGCAGCUGCAGAGCUGGGAUUUCCUGGACUUCUCGCAGGCCGAGCUGCCGGGCCUCCUCGUCUGUCGGCGGCCCCGAAUCCUGGACAAGAAGCCUGAAGUAGUUAAAGUAGACCAGGGACACACCGUGGUGUUGUAUUGCGGUGCAGAGGGCGACCCGGCGCCGUCUAUCACCUGGCUGAACCCUCAGCUAACACCGUUGUCGCCCACUGGCAGAAUACGGGCCCUUUCGAAUGGCUCGCUGGAGGUCCGCUACGCUCAGCCUCAAGACGGCGGCGCCUAUCUGUGCGUGGCGUCUAACGCGGCAGGAAAUGACAGCCAGGCCGUCGGCCUUCACGUCCGCGUGUUCCCGUCACCUGCUAAAAACGUCUUCCAUCUUAAAGGCUGGUUCGCCUUUCCGUCUGCUUCUCCGGGCGCGAAAGGAAAUCAGACGCUUCCAUUCGACGCGAAGACACUACUCGUAGCGGUGACCAUUGGGUUCCUGUCGUUUUUCAGCUCUGUGAGCGUUUGUUUUGUUUUCAUGUUUUUCUGGAGUAAGAGCAAAGGACAAAUAAAGCACACGGCCACGAUUGCGUAUGUGCCACGAAGCGCCGUGUCCAAUAAUACAGGAGGCAGAGGGAACUACAUGGAAACGAGUCGGUUCACCAUGAAACUCAUAUGAGUCAGUGCGUAAAAAGGCAUGAGUUGAAAGUCUUACUGCUGCAACGUACAUUACUCAACAAGAAAUCAAAUUUUCAAGCAUCAGCAUGUUUGUGCACUAGAGGCUGUAAAUGCGUGUAACUGUGAGCUUUUCCCCACACAGUUAAAAUAUACAUCGGCAAAUCCGUUAGUUUAAGGUUUAUUUGAGUCAAGAUAAGACAAGAAAAUAAAGAUGAAUAUGAUAUAUAUAUUUGUUGCAAUUAGUGCUUUAUGUGUUUGCAUCUUGCAGGGGAUUUUUUAUGUUUUGUUUACAUUUUUUUCUUUCAUUCUACGAAAAGCCAAAUAAAGCAUUAAUCUUAUUUAUUAUUAUUAAAAUAAUAGUUAACCUUAUAUUAAGGUUGAGUUGAAUACAAAGCAGUAGGUAGUUCUUUUUUAUGUUCUUUGUUUUUUAUGCUUUUGCUAGUAUUGUGACAUUGUCACAUUUACGGCUGUGCUUUCUCUUUAUGAGAUAUGUGUCUUUCUUUUAAACUCACCAAUAAAGCACUUAAUACUUUUA